GGUUCUGCUGUCACUGCGACCAAUGACAAGGAACUGCGCGAGAUGCUUGCUAAGAACGAGGGUCGUCCGCUGCGAGAAGUUGCCCAGGAAGUCAUUCAGAAGGAGCGCACGCCAAUGGCCGAGAAGACAAAGCAGCUCUUUGCCAUGCUUUGGCUUCGAGCUGUGUGCAAACCGGCAAAGACUUCCGUCCCUCGCAACCGAGUCUACUCUCAGUAUGCCACCCGCUGUGGUACUGAGAGAGUGGUUCCCCUCAACCCGGCUUCCUUCGGCAAACUGGUACGAGUGAUCUUCCCAGGAAUUCAGACUCGUCGUUUAGGUGUAAGAGGUGAGAGCAAGUACCACUAUGUGGAUCUCGCGCUCGAAGAUGAGCAACCGAAUGGACCUCCCGCAUGGCAAGGAAGUCAUCUCCAGAUGGACAGCCGGCGACGAUCGCAAUCCUCGAGUACUCAGCAAAUCGACUUUAACAACAUUCCUCGCUUGCAAGCCGACACCGCCGCAUUCCCGACCACCGAUGGCGCAUUCGAUCUUCAAUCAGCACUCCCUCCCACGCCCCGAGGUCCAGCAUCAAAAGGAAAGUCCUUCCUCUAUCCCGAAAUUCGUGGCUACGAACGUGGAACGGCGACCGCCAUGACAUAUUCGCACACGCUCCGGUUUCCGUCGAGCAACAUCCCAAUGUUUACCGAGAACGAACCUGUCAAUCUACCACCCAUACAACCUCAUCUACCAGAGCGUACCGACGUGGACACUGCAGAGGCAUUGGCAGCCUUGUACAGAACUCACUGCACUUCACUGAUUGACAGCAUACGAUUUUGCAAAGAGAAACAGUUCUUCCGACUGUACACAUCAUUCCAUGGCACUCUUACUGUUCCUGUACAAAAAUUGUUCACACACAAAAAUCUGGCACCUUGGAUAGAACAGUGCGAUCUGGUCAUGUACAGGACGAUGGUGCGCUUCGUCAGCCGACUGACACUACAAGCAGCACCUGCUGUUGUCAUUAAUAUCUUAAGCAACAUAUCAACAACCUUACACGGUCACAUCGCGAAGACCUUUGCAAAUCAGCCUCCACACGUCCUCGACGCCAAGCUUCGACCUGCCACCAUUUUCGCUGGCCUUCUGCAUCGCCUUAUAAGGGUCAACCAGUCGGCCCACGCUGCAGCAAACUUGCUCACCAUCGACCAAAACAGAGAGCAAAUGUGGCAAGAGUGGUCAACAAUGGUCAAUCCAAAGCGCGUCAUGGAGGCUGAACUCCCCGACUGUGGAUACGAAGAAGUUCACAGAAUCAUGACUACCGAAAUGCGAAAUCUGCUUGAACCAAUCUCGGCACCCAACUUUGAGGAUGCAUCCUUCUACAACUUCGAGGCUACAAAUGGAGACUUUGCGGCAUAUCUCCAGAACCAGACCGCACCUUCUUCGAGGAACGGUCCUUCCCAGGUGUCGGCAGAGAAUGUAUUGGAUCGAUGGUCUGCAUUCAUCUCAUCACUGCCGGCGCGCUUUCCGGAUGCGCCGGCUCGGACGAUCCUGCACUGCAUCUCAGCGAUCGGCACGGCAUCGAUUCGAGACAUUACCAUCGUCGGCGGUCUUUCAUACAGCUACUGGUGGGUGCUGAAGAUGUUCGUUGACGAGAUGGCAUUGUGGCUUGCGGAAAUGGGCGGGUUCCUCGAA